CCGUGUUCACAGCUCCUGCGGCGCCGCCCGGGUGGGAUUAGCGGGACACGCUGCGGUCAAGAUGGCGGCCGCCAUGGAGGGCCCACGUGGGGUCGGUGCCGCUGCCGCCGCCGACUCGGCAGAGGAGAGCGGUUCUGAGUGGAGUUCAGAGCUCCCAGAAGACAGUUUCUCUUCAGCGGGCGAAGCGAUUGACGGUGACGGUGACGAUGAGGAUGAGGCGAUGGGCCACGGCAACGUGGAUGAAAAUGAAGCAGAAUCCCAGGCUGGCCCAAGUGCGGGUUGGGCGGAGGCCAUGGCCAAAGUGCUUAACAAAAAAAUUCCCAAAAGUAAAUCCACCAUAUUGGUUAAAAGUAAAGAGCUGGAGAAGGAAAGAGAGAAAGAAAAACAAGAGAAGCUAGAGAAAAAGAGGCAGCUUGAUAAAAAGCGGGAGUGGGAAAUGAUGUGCAGAGUGAAGCCAGAUGUUGCCAAAGACAGAGAAACAGAAAGAAAUUUUCAGAGAAUUGCCACGAGGGGUGUUGUGCAAUUAUUUAAUGCUGUCCGGAAACACCAAAAGAAUGUCGAUGAGAAAGUGAAAGAAGCAGGGAAUUCCAAUAGGAAGCGUGCUAAACUGAUGUCGUCUGUUACGAAGAAAGACUUCAUCAAUAUGCUCAGAGGGAGUGAAGGAGCUAAAAGAGAACAAAGUACUUCUGGGAAGACCCUGAAAAGCAAACAGGGUGAAGUGAAACCUGAUGAAGAGCCAGCAUGGAACAUACUCCGUGACGAUUUCAUGAUGGGAGCAUCUAUGAAAGACUGGGAUAAAGAGAGUGACAGGGAAAGCACCACUGGACAAGAUGGACUAAGGCAGGAUAGUGAAAGUGACUGAUGGAGGAAAUAAAAGAACAUUCAAGAUAAAACGUUAGUUUACUUGAAUAAAAAGCUCUACAUUCUGUGAAUGCACAGCUUUUGGGGAUUGUAGCAAUGCCUAUUUUAAGGAAAGCAAAGACUUCCUUAGGUUUGGGUGUGGCUUCUUUCCUCAUUCGCUUCGAACUUUUAUUUACCAAAACUUCACUCCCUAUACUGAAAUCCUGAAAUAUUUUUCAAAACAUGUAUAAUUUUCAACAUAUUUCCAAAACAUUUUGUACAGUCAAAAUAGUGGCACCUGCCCAAUGAAAGAUAUGUUUUGCCAAGGUCAUUAAAAGUGAAUACAUUG